UCCGAAUGCACGCUUGCUGAGGGCUGUGCUCCUGCGGGGCUGGCGCAAGGGUAAACCGGCGUGUGUGCAGGAAGAGAAAUGGCGGACGCGGUGUCUAUCUUCAUGUCAAUUGGCCUUAGUGAGCAGAAAGCUAAGGAAACAUUGAAAAAUGAAGCACUCUCAUCAACACUCAAGAAGGCUAUCGACCAGGCUCAAGGGCUGCUGGGGUCCGCUAGCAUUGAUAAGACUGCAGGCACUCUGCUGUAUAAUAUGGUGACACGACUCAAAGACUUGAAUCGACUGUCUUUCCUCACAGAAUAUAUCAUUACACGAAAAAUAACUUCAGAACUGCAGCUGUCAGCGGCGUUGGACUUUAUAAAAAGCCACCCUCAGAAGAAUCUGGAUCGACUUGAGUUUGAGGCUGCCUGUGGCGUGGGAGUGAUGGUCACACCUGAGCAGAUAGAGGAUGCGGUUGAAUUGAUUAUCAGGAAGCACAAAGAUCAGCUGUUGGCAGAGAGAUAUCGCUUUAACAUGGGGAUACUCAUGGGUGAGGCCAGGACUGCUCUCAAAUGGGCUGAUGGGAAGAUGGUCAAGAAUGAAGUGGAUAUGCAGGUGCUGCACUUUCUGGGUCCAAAAACUGAGGCAGAUCUGGAGAAAAAGCCCAAGGUAUAUUUUUACUGUCUCUAUUUUCUUGUGGCACACACAAGGGACAGAAGCAACCUGGAACCCAAACUUUUUCUUCAUAAAAUCUAUUUUCUCUUUGUAGGUGAAGCGAACACAGAGGGGAAAUCACUGAUGGAGCAGCUGAGAGGAGAGGCGCUCAAGUUCCAUAAGCCAGGGGAGAAUUACAAGACCGAGGGAUAUGUUGUAACGUCCAACACCAUGAAUUUGCUGAAGAAGCACUUGGAAGAGACUGGAGGACAGGUCCGCUCCCGUUUUCCCCCUGAGCCUAAUGGGAUUCUGCAUAUUGGUCAUGCCAAAGCAAUCAAUUUCAAUUUUGGUUUUGCCAAGGCCAAUAAUGGCAUCUGUUUCCUGCGGUAUGACGACACAAACCCAGAGAAAGAGGAGGAGAAGUACUUUACUGCCAUCAAAGAAAUGGUGGAGUGGCUUGGGUACAAACCAUACGCUGUCACACACGCCUCUGAUCACUUCCAGCUUCUCUACGAUCUUGCUGUUGAUCUCAUUCGCAGGGGUCAUGCGUACGUGUGCCACCAGCGUGGAGAGGAACUCAAGGGUCACAACGUCCCUCCCUCCCCCUGGAGAGAGCGACCCGUGGAAGAAUCUUUGCUUUUGUUUGACAGGAUGAGAAAGGGCAUGUUUGCAGAGGGAGAAGUCACUCUCAGAAUGAAGAUGGUGAUGGAAGAUGGAAAAAUGGACCCUGUGGCGUACCGGAUCAAAUACACGCCACACCACAGGACAGGAGACACUUGGUGCAUAUACCCAACGUAUGAUUACACACACUGUCUGUGUGACUCCAUUGAGAACAUCACACACUCACUGUGCACCAAAGAGUUUCAGUCCAGACGAUCCUCAUAUUUCUGGUUGUGUAAUGCUCUGGAUUUGUACUGCCCGGUGCAGUGGGAAUAUGGCCGACUCAAUCUCACUUACACUGUUGUUUCCAAGAGGAAGAUCAUUAAACUGGUGGAAACAGGAAUUGUUAGAGAUUGGGAUGAUCCACGACUUUUUACCCUCACAGCUCUCAGGAGACGUGGGUUCCCUUCACAAGCUAUUAACAAUUUCUGUGCCCGGGUGGGUGUGACUGUUGCGCAGACCACCAUGGAGCCGCACCUGCUGGAGGCGUGUGUUAGGGAGGCGCUCAAUGACACCGCUCCUCGUGCCAUGGCCAUACUCGAGCCGCUCAAAGUCACCAUCACCAACCUGCCAACCAAUGCACAGAAGGAGGUUCGAGUCCCAGACUUCCCAGCCAAUGAAGCCAAGGGCAGUCACGUGGUUCCCUUCUCAAAGACCAUCUUUAUUGAGCAGAGUGACUUCAGAGAGGUGAUGGAGAAGGGCUACAAGCGCCUGACUUCAGAUCAGCCAGUAGGCUUGAGACAUGCAGGAUACGUCAUCUCUGUACAGCGUGUCAUCAAGGAUGGCUGUGGUAAAGUGUGUGAGCUAGAGGUGACGUGUGCCAGCUCAGACUCUGUAGAAAAGCCCAAAGCGUUCAUUCACUGGGUGAGCGAUCCACUGCGGUGUGAAGUGCGCAUGUAUGAAAGACUGUUUCUCCAUAAAAACCCAGAGGACCCAGCUGAAGUUCCUGCUGGAUUCUUGAGCGACAUUAACCCUAAUUCCUUAACAGUGAUUGAAAGUGCCUUAGUAGACCGUUCUGUGGGCAAGGCCAAAGUGUUUGAGAAGUUUCAGUUUGAGAGAGUGGGUUAUUUCUCACUGGACCCUGAUAGCACAUCUGAAAAGUUGGUGUUCAACAGAACCGUUACACUCAAGGAGGACCCAGGAAAGAUGUGACUGGACUGCAAGACAGAAGCUGCACAGCCAUUAUGCAUCACAACACAGCUUUUAAUAAAAUCAAAUAAACCAGGGAAUUCAAAAUAUUCUAUCCAUACUAUGUAAAGCCUUUUUUAUCUGUACAAGUGCUGGGCUGUUUUGUAUAACCUUUGUAUAGCAUCUAUGAAAUAAACAAAGGAAAGAUUUUGACUGGCUUGAUGGCUUGUUGGAACAGUUGCUAACAUGUGAAAUGCAUUAUAAACUGCAUGGCUUUCUUGGAUAAUCCACCUUUCUUGUGGACAACAAGCAAAUCUAUUUAAAUUUCUAUUGGAAAAAUCAUAACUAUUCUUAAGACAGAAUAUUAAAUUAGGGUUAUGGUGUCCUAAUUCAUAAAACAUUAAAGGUUCCCUAUAUGGCAUCCUGCUUUUAGUGAAUUUUGAAAAAAUAU